UUUCCAGUUCAGACUUCGGCGCGUGCCCUGGAAUACGACUGGCUUAGGCGCAGCAUGUAUCCAAUAGUGUUGAAGGACUGCGCAUCUCCACGCAUACUCUGUUGGAAGGGGGUGGCAGCAACCACAUCGCGCGUAUCUGUCGCCUGGAGGGGGGCUCCUGGUCUGUGAAAAAAGAGACUCGGACAAGAAGUGGCAAGCGAGCGUGCUCGCGUGUGUGCGGUCCCCAAAUAUCAUCACCCGCUCGGAACGAGCGAAUCUGGAGCGGGUACGCGAGUGAGGAACCACUUCAGCGACGCUACAUGUCAUCCUUUAGAAAUAGAGGUUUCGCAACGUUAGGCCUCAUGGAACUAGAUACACUGCAACAUUUGCUCUUGGCAGCUGGGUUUUCACGAUGGGUCUCUGAUGGCGAGCCCUACAAGGUUUGACCAUCUGGUCAAAACUGGAGGUGCCCUAUUAGUCUUCAUUAAUUUUUUCCACAUUAUUUGUUUUUUUCUGCCAAAAUGGUAGGAAAACUAAAGCAAAAUCUGCUUGUGGCAUGUCUGGUCAUCAGCUCAAUUACUGUUUUUUACCUUGGGCACCAUGCCAUGGAGUGCCACCAUCGAAUAGAAGAACGCAGUCAACAGCCGAUGGCAGGUGGUACUAGGGCCACUUUAAGAACUGACCUUAACCAAAAUUCCAGUACGUUGUUGUACAACAAAGACAUGCCCCUGAUAUUCAUUGGUGGUGUUCCUAGGAGUGGCACCACUUUAAUGAGGGCCAUGUUGGAUGCCCAUCCAGAUGUUAGAUGUGGAGAGGAGACCAGAGUAAUCCCUCGUAUUUUGGCCAUGAAACAGAUGUGGAGCAAAUCUGGAAGAGAGAAAAUGCGCCUGGAUGAGGCAGGUGUAACAGAUGAAGUGCUGGACUCGGCUAUGCAGGCAUUCCUGUUAGAAAUAAUUGUGAAACAUGGGGAACCUGCCACAUACCUUUGCAACAAAGAUCCUUUUGCCCUUAAGUCUUUGACUUACUUAGCUAAAAUCUUUCCUCAUGCUAAAUUUAUUCUGAUGAUCCGGGAUGGCCGGGCUUCUGUACAUUCCAUGAUCUCUCGCAAGGUCACCAUUGCAGGUUUUGACCUAAAUAGCUACCGGGACUGUUUGACCAAGUGGAAUCGGGCCAUUGAGACUAUGUAUACUCAGUGUGUGGAAGCUGCAGACAAAUGUAUGCCAAUUCAUUAUGAACAGCUUGUCCUGCAUCCCGAGAAGUGGAUGAGGACCCUGCUGAAAUUCCUUAACGUUCCCUGGAAUGACGCAGUACUUCACCAUGAAGAGCUCAUUGGAAAAGUGGGGGGAGUAUCACUGUCCAAGGUGGAGAGGUCAACAGAUCAAGUCAUCAAACCUGUCAAUGUUGAAGCUUUGUCCAAGUGGGUGGGUAAGAUCCCUCAAGAUGUACUGCGGGACAUGCCAGUAAUAGCUCCAAUGCUAGCAAAAUUAGGAUAUGAUCCUUACUCCAACACUCCUAACUAUGGAAGGCCUGACCCAAAGGUUCUGGACAAUACAAGAAGGGUCAUUAAAGGGGAAUUUCAGCUACCUGAUUUUCUUAAAGAACAAUUGCAGGAUGGGCCUUAGGAGGACCAAAGGGACGUCUGCACGUGUCCUGGAGUGUCAGCACCUGCACUUCUGAAGGCGCCGUCUUCUGCUCGGAGUGGACAAGAGCCUCACUAGUGGCCCUCGACGCUUCACCUGCUCCAGGCCUCCACAGAUCCAAGUGUUGUACCAAAAAUGCCACCCACUGCUCAUCGAGCACUGGAAGUUCUCGCUUUUCCAAGUUCACGUCACCAUCCUCCAUGAGCUUUUGUGUUGGUAUUUUGUAUUUUUUUUUUA